AUGAUUGAAUCUCAAAGGCAUUCUUUUCAUUUGGUAGAUCCAAGUCCAUGGCCUAUUUCGGGUUCACUCGGAGCUUUGGCAACGACCGUAGGAGGUGUGAUGUACAUGCACUCAUUUCAAGGGGGUGCAACACUUCUAAGUUUGGGCCUUAUUUUUAUCCUAUAUACCAUGUUUGUAUGGUGGCGUGAUGUUCUACGCGAAUCCACGUUAGAAGGACAUCAUACCAAAGUCGUACAAUUAGGACUUCGAUAUGGUUUUAUUUUGUUCAUCGUAUCGGAGGUUAUGUUCUUUUUUGCUUUUUUUUGGGCUUUUUCUCAUUCUUCUUUGGCACCUGCGGUAGAGAUCGGAGGUAUUUGGCCUCCAAAAGGGAUUUGGGUUUUAGAUCCUCGGGAAAUCCCUUUUCUUAAUACCCUUAUUCUUCUUUCAUCCGGAGCUGCCGUAACUUGGGCUCAUCAUGCUAUACUCGCGGGGAAGCAAAAACGAGCAGUUUACGCUUUAGUAGCUACCGUUUUACUGGCUCUAGUAUUCACAGGCUUUCAAGGAAUGGAAUAUUAUGAAGCACCCUUCACUAUUUCGGAUAGUAUUUAUGGUUCUACCUUUUUCUUAGCAACAGGCUUUCAUGGUUUUCACGUGAUUAUAGGUACUCUUUUCUUGAUUAUAUGUGGUAUUCGCCAAUAUUUUGGUCAUCUGACCAAGGAACAUCACGUUGGCUUUGAAGCAGCUGCAUGGUACUGGCAUUUUGUAGACGUGGUUUGGUUAUUCUUAUUUGUCUCUAUCUAUUGGUGGGGAGGUAUAUGA